AUGGCUCCGUCCGGCAUCAGUUCCGUCGUCUCAUGCGAGCCCUCACCCGACUACAAACCCCAGAAUGAAGAUGCAGACUAUCAACAAACCCACCUCCGAAAGCGCUUCACACUCGUAUCGACAAUCGCAUUCGGCUUCACCACCAUGAACUCCUGGGUCGCUUUCGCUUCAGGCCUCGCCGUUCCUCUAUCAUGCGGCGCUGGACCAACUCUAAUCUACGGUCUUCUGGUCGGUGGCAUCGUCAUGACCAUCCUCGCAGCAGGUUACGCAGAGCUAGCUUCUGCCUUUCCGUCUGCAGGUGGCCAGUACCAUGUCGUGUACAUGACAUUCCCAGCUACGACGCGUCGAUUCGCUGCGUUCUUUACGGGAUGGAUGUCGAUUCUAUAUACCAUGGGAGCUACGGCUUCGUGCAGCUUCUUUGUCGCACAGUCAAUCCUUAGCCUGGUGUCCUUGUGGAAUGAGACGUAUGUCGCUCAGAGCUGGCAUGUCUAUCUUGUCCACAUUUGUCUAUGUACCAUCGCAUUCCUGGCUGCUUCUCGCUUUCCAGCUGCUAUUGGUAGCAUCGGUGUCUCAGUGUUUUGGCUCUCGAUUAUCGGCUUCAUCGCAUCGCUUGCAACGCUCCUGGCAGUUCAAGAAGUCAAGCAGCCUAGCAAGUUUGUCUUCACUGAAUUCACGAACGUCUCUGGUUGGACAGACGGAUGGGCUGCUAUGAUCGGCCUCGCUAGUUGUCUCUGGGCCUAUUGCGGUAUUGACGCGCCCAGUCAUCUCUCGGAAGAGGUCGACAACCCAAGCCGGAAUAUCCCCAUCGCAAUUGGCGCUACAAUCAUUCUGGGAAUCAUCACAGUGAUAGCCUGGAACAUUGGUCUUAUGUAUGUCAUCAAAGACGUUCAAGGACUCAUUGCUUCAGGUGCGCCAAUCAUGGAAGUAUAUAACCAAGCUCUGGGCUCCAAGGCUGCAACGACAAUCUGGGCGAUUUACUACAUUCUCGUGUUCUAUCACAUCAUCCUCAACCUUUUCGUCUUUUCAUCUCGAAUUCUGUGGUCGUUCUCUCGAGACGGCGGUGUUCCUUAUUCCUCCUACGUCUCUCGCCUCAGAUGGUCCAACCCAGUCCGCGCAACUGCCAUCAUGCUCUGCCUCCAAAUCAUCAUCGGCAUCCUCUACAUCGCUUCGAAAACAGCCUACAGCAGCUUCAUCAACCUGACUCUGUUCGCACUCAACAUCACAGUCGUACUGCCACAAACUGUCUUGUUGUUUACUGGCCGUGAUUCACUGCCAAAGAGGGCGUUCUCAUUGGGCAGAUAUGGAUACGCUGUCAAUGCGCUGGCAACCAUCUUCAUGCUCUUCUUUAGUGUCGUGUUCGCAUUCCCUGUUGCCAAGCCUGUUACUGGAAGUUCUAUGAAUUAUCUUGUUGUUAUCUUCGCAGUUAGUCUGAUCUUCAUUGUCUCAUCUUGGCUAUUGGGUCUGUCCAAACGAUUCACGGGACCAUCAGAGGGAACUGUACAUAUCUGA